AUGAAUGAAUGCGAUGAAACGCGCUCGGCGCUCUCACCUCUGACCGAGUCCGAGUUCGACUGGGAUGGCAUCGUGCCGACGUCCCCUGCUAAUACAAAGGAAGCGAAGCGACGGAAACGUCAGAAGAAGAGGCAGAGCACUGUGGCCGAACAGAGCCAACAUAGGCAGGAGCAGGUUGUCGCUCGAGGGCUUGCAAAUGUGCAGGCUAACGAACAGCUAGAGGAGCAGCUUCUGGGCGCGAAGGUGACUCAGAAACACACCUGCUACCGGAGUGUUCUGGCACAGAUCGAAGCGGUCGAUUCGACAUGGGGCGACUUUGUCGAAUGGGUCUCAGACCCCAUGUCCGGCUGCAAGCAGGUGCAAUAUGAAGGGUUAUUCAAAAAUUCGGUGCAGGUAAAUCGAAUCCUCGAUUUCUGGGCCCAAAAAAAUUCGCGCACAGGAAAGCGGGCCAUGCGGGUAUGGGCCAUCGACUACACGACCCACCUCGUCAAUAGAGAAGCCGAGUCCGUCACGCGGGAAGGUGUUCUCCAGUCCCGUCAAAUGCCUAUGACCGACUCGUUUAUCCUCUCGUUCAGCCUGUCUGAAAUACACGAACGUAUACGUAUGAUAUGUCCAACAACCACAGUGCUCCUCAGGGCCUUCAGUACCACCCAGCGUCAGCGCAAGAAGAACGAAAUCCCUCCUAGCACCGAACGCGAGCACGAAACUCGGGCCCGAAGGCGAGCCAAGAACAACACCCGAAGUCAAAACAACAGCUUCGUGAAGCAUGUCAUGGGGGUAUACCUGUAUGCAACUGGUGCCCAACGCCAAAAUAUCUCUGUCCUGUCCUCCAUGAAUAUUUGCAGCACUUACCCUUCUAUUGCUGGAAGUGCAAAGGCAACAGUUCACGACCCAAAUUGUACACCUGCGCCGCUGAGCCAAAGCAAGACGCCUAUCUUCUUUGAGAGCCUGCUUGCGCGCGGCGCUGGUCUUCUUAGGCAAUUGUCCCACUCUUGCCGGCUUACCACUCGCUAUUGUGCCCAGACUUUGCCUUGCGGACUUGUAUACGACAAUAUCAACAUGAUGUUCAAAAUCGCGGAACAGAUUCUUGGGCGGAAGGACUCUCAGGAAAACGGAACAUGCGCGACCAUCUUCCGUCUCCACCAAGGAGCUCGCGACGAAGAUAUGUGUACCGAAGACCUGCUACACUCUCUCGAUAUGGCGCCCCCCCUUACCCCUGACGAUAUCUUACAUACCCCCGAGGAGAGGGGGGUUUUCGAGGCGUCUCUAGAGCAUACACUUCUCCGGGUGAUUGUAUCUGGCUCCGAUCUGUUUACUCGCUUUACCUCUAAGCUUCAUCCUUGUCUCCCUGGCACUGAUGAUAAGAUUCCAUUGGAGCAGACAGAGAUUCACCCCCUUCCUGCCAUGAACAUAGACGAGUCCAGCACCGCCGGCAACAGCGAAGUUGUCGACGCCGUUUUUCGAGAGCUCGGGUACGACAUCGACAAGCCUGUCUUCUAUGACACCGCACGCCUAACUUUUGGCGACCAACUAUCUAUUUCCCGCCUCCGCUCCCUCUUUGGCAUUCGUACCGGACACGAGACCAUUGGGAGAUCAUAUGCCAACAUCGUUUCUGGGCCAGGUUUCUUUCACCACCAGAUGGCCCUCACGCACGGGAUUAUCGAGACCCACUGGGGCGAUCCCAGCUCUGGUACGCGAAAUCCUUCCUGUCUUUCCUUCUUCAACACAAUUCUGGAUCGCAAACCCAUUGUUCUAACCUCUCUCCCUCCUUAUCGUGUCUGUCGCGACCUUAUUUUCGACACCCUUACGGUGUCGGCUCUCCAUUGUCUCGAGCUGGUCACGGGUUGCGAGUCCCUUGAGGCGUAUGCCUCGACUGUGUCGUUCGAUCAGCUUCGCUCAGAUGUAGCGCGCAUCCACAAGGACUUCUGCAGUCCUGCCCGUAUCUCAGACCUACGGGAUGCAAGGGAGUCUGAGCUUGAGCGGCGCGAGGCCGUCACUCAAACCGAAUCGGCGUCACCCGAUGACAGCCUUACACCCCCGCCGCUGACCACAGGGGAUAUGGUUUUUGAGAAUGCUUGUCUGUUCCUUCGCGACGCCCUCAUUUUGCGCGAGUUCACAGAUGCAAUUAAGGGGGGUUAUUCGGGACGCAUCAUCCGUGUCCUAAAAAUCUUGGCGCUAAUGUAUCGAGGACUCGGACGCACUAAGUACGCGCACGAGCUUCUCCACCUGGUGCACAAUCUAACACAUGUUUGGCCUAAGCCGCUGCGGAAUAUCAUGAUUAAGAACUGGCUCGUCAACCCAACAGAAAAACCGAACGCGUGGGUUCCCGUGGACCUUUUGCAGGAACACAUGAAUUUCUGGAUCAAGAUCAUCUACAAAGCUCAAGGCAGCAACACCUCGUGGGAAUGGUUGCAGAAUAUCUCACCAUGUAUCGCCCUCCUCCGACAGCUCGCCACGCAAAUGCAUGCCACCUUCGGCGCGCGUCUAGGCACCAAGCACCACACUCCCGAACGCGAUCGGGAUGUCAUGACGCUGCGCGAGGCAAUGCAGCAGCACUCCGUGUUCCAAGUGCAGCCUGGGCGCAUCUUGCGCGGGGUGAACAGGGGCGAAGUUCCAAACGCGGUCUCAGCUGGCCUCAACCUACUCAACACGCCUCUUCAGGAGUACAACCAUGUUUUCCGGCAACUCCAACAGCGACGGCGUCUAGAGCCCCUUGGCCCCAUCCCGCAAGACUGGCCGUCGACAUCCCCCACGCCGUCUGUGGACUCCACGCCCACGGCGACAGGCUCGCCAAUGAGGCAGGGCCCCAUUGCUGUCGCGCUCCCGGAGAUUACGGUAGGACGACCCACUUAUAUGCUCUGGGGCAGACUCAAACUGCAACAUCACAGGAUGAUACCUCCGGUGAGGGCGGAUGGGAUGACGACGACGAACUCUAUUGGAAGGACGUCGAUGACGACUACCACCCGCGUAUGGUGUUCGCGCAGGACGAUGAUCCCACAAUAG